AAUUUGGUCUUUUCUGGGCGUGGAUCUCUCUCAGUCCUGGAAAGGAAGAGAAGCAGAGGCGAGUCUGGGGGAAGAUUUCUCACAUACCACGCUGAUCUCCUGCUAAAGAAAAGCCCCAGAACGCAGACAAACAGCCCCAAGUGGUUUUCCUGAAAUAGAAAGUCCAGAUUACUCCCUGCACCAAUCAGAGGAAGUGAUUUAUGGUUCUACUUUGCCUGGCAUUGGACAAUCGACUUUGAUUAAAUCUCAUUAGCUUGUCUUUGAGUCUUUGACCAACUUGAAAGACAUCAUCCAAGUCCUCCAUCCAUUUAUAAUCAUGCCCUUGAUUGUGCUGCAGACUUCACGGGUAAUGUGGGCCCGUCUGGCUGCUCUGUUGUUCACAUGUGUGGCGUUCAGCGUGGCCGCUCACGGCGCGGGUCUACGUGGCGGCAUGUUCGACUGGUGCAUGUUCUGCUGGGUGUUCAGCUUCAUCGGCACGCUGCUGGUACUAAUUGUGGAGCUCCUGAACCUCCAGACACGUGCACCUGUCUCGUGGACCAACUUUCCCAUCACGAUGGCAUGCUAUGCCAGUCUUUUCUGCCUCUCCGCUUCCAUCAUUUUCCCACUGUACUUCCUCAGGAGCAAUUAUUCCUAUGGCGCUGAGAUGCGUGACUACAGGAUCGUCAGUACCGUUUUCUCUUGCCUGGCCACAGUGGCAUACCUAGUGGAAGUGAGCCUGACGCGGGCCCGUCCUGGUGAAGUGGCCGCCUACAUGUCGACAGUGCCAGGCCUCCUGAAGGUCUGCGAGACAUUCGUAGCCAGCGUAAUUUUUGUGUUUAUCAGUAAUCCUGUGUCGUAUGAUCAACAUGCAGCACUGAAGUGGUGCAUGGCUGUUUACUGUAUUUGCUUUAUCAUAUCUGCUGGCAUCGUGGUGAUGUGCGUUGGAGAAUGUACCGGCUUCCUUCCGUUCCCAUUUGCCCGUUUCCUCUCUGCUUAUGCCCUAUUGGCUGUUGGGAUGUACCUCAGUGCUACCAUUAUCUGGCCUGUGUUUAAGUUCGACAAUCGGCACAACGGACAUUCUCGGAGACCUGAUCAUUGCAGUCAAGGUCAAGAUAUCUGCAAUUGGGAUAAACUGGUGAUCAUAGCCGUUCUGACAGGCAUUAACUUCCUGAUCUACGUGGCAGAUCUGGUGUACUCCGCACGACUCGUGUUUGUCCGUGCUUGAAAAGUCGAAAAACUUAAGAAGAGCCACUGAAUGUUUCCAUCUUUUCACCAGGGAUGUUCCGAUAGUCAAUUUUCAUGUCACAAAAUUUCCUCUAUAAAUCCAAAACAAAUAAUGGGAUUAGAGUCAUGUGCCUUAAAGAAAUUAACAAGACUUUAGGCGGCUAAACGAUACCUAUUCCUUAUAAAAAAGAAAUCUUUUCAUUGUACCAAAGCAAAACUUUUGGUGAAAUUAGCCACCUAGCUUAGUGUUGUCAUUUAAAACAAACUGCUAACUGCUGUCACAAGUUAAGUAAAGUUAUUUAGCUUACAUGUGUUGUGCAGCUUCUAUGUAAGAUGCUAGCAAUCUUCUAAGUUAGCUUACCUUACUACAUGCAUGCCAUUAGGCUGUUAGCUAGCUACCUCUAUCAAGGUCAGUCACUAUUCAUUUGUAGGAAGAUAAAUUCAUGCUUGAUUUGUGUGUUUUUUUUUAAACAUUACUUGUCAAUAAGAUUAAAACAAAACCGUAUUCUUUCUGAGAUAUUUAACUAGCUAAGAUGUAUCUUGCUAGAGGAUUUUAGUAAAAGGUAAAACUUGAUUUGGUUAAGAAGCAAAUCCUUAGCACUCGUCCCUUUCAUAAAAAAAAAAAUCCUAAUAUAUUGCAUAAUUGAUUAUCAGUAAAUGCCUGAUAUCUGUCACUGUUGCCUUUAUGUGAAUUAUCUACAUGUUGAUCUGUGCCUGAGUGAAUUUGUUCUGUUUUGAUGUGAAGUCUAUAUCUAUCUCUUACAUAUGAUAUCUUUGCCUCACGAUUUUUGCUUUUCACACUGUUGCCUUUGUGAGACCUUUAGACACUGCUGAGCUGAGAGAGGAGCUGAACUCUACCUACAAACCCAGCGCCUGAUAUAUUCUGUAUUGGAUAUGUUUUCAUAUUUUAUGAUUCACUUUGAAAUUUUAUAUUAAUCCACUGCAUUACUCAGCUGGAAAAAAAACAUUUAGGAUUAGAAAUAUUUUAUGGUUUUCUUUAUGUAAAAGACAUUAAUGGGAUGUCAAUAAGUUUCAUCAUCUUUUCAUUUUGGGUUACUUAUUGUGUCUUGUGUAUGUACCAAUCAUCAGUAUCAAGACCAUAGUCAGUCAAACAACUGAAUUCUCAACUGAAUGAUGUAGAAAUCCAGAAAGUAUUUUUUUUAUACUUUUGUACCACAUCCUGAAUUGAGCUUAAAGUCUUGUAUGUUUCAGAGUUAAGUGAAUAAAAAUGUCACAUGUUUAAGCUUUUUUUACACUUUAUGCUGCCUUUAUGGAUGCUAGAGAUCUGUGUUUAAAUGUAUAACAAUCAUAAAGUUUUGCAUAUUAUGUGCCA